UUUACAUUUUCACUGAACCCUCUAAGUCAUAAUAAGUCAUAUAUAAAACACACACACCCCAUAAAAUAGUCUCUUCUUUAGUAUUUUUGGUCUUCGACACAUCUCUCUAUCUCUUUCUUCUUUCCUCUCUCUCUCUUUCCAUCGCAAUUUCAGACCCAAAAAGAAAAGAAAAAAUGUCACGAAGAGCAUGCAAAAGAGUAAGCUUUAAUCCGAACACAGAAGCCACAGACGAACCCAUAUUCCCAAAACACGACGGUUUAAACUCGACACAUCACAGCCGGAGAAGGGUGGUUCUCGUCGGGAUUCUUAGUUUCGGUCUUAGGAGCUCGCCGGCAGCGAGGAAAUUGAUCCAACGUAUUGGUGCUAGAGUCGCCAAAACGUGGCGUUUCAUAUCCUUCAGAAGGAAUACGACCGAUAAAAAAACGUCAUCGUUUCUGUUGCCUUCGUCGAACUCCUCGUCGUCCUCUUCUUCGACUAUUUAUAUGAAGAGGUCAAAGUCCGUAAACGAGACAGAGUCUCACCGAGCAGAAGCUAUUGAAGAUUGCAUCGAGUUCUUGAACUCUUCUUUUUCUCUGUCGAGAUCAAACUCUGUCUCAACGUGGUCUUCUUGAUUUGACCAACCCGGUUUGGAUCUGAGUCGGAGAAUCGAAUAUAGUGCUCCCACUCUCUUUGAUCUUUUGUUGUAAUGUUAAGAGAAUUGAUCAUUGAACAUUGUAUAGGAAUGUUUUUAAUUUCUUAUUUUUGGAUUCAGAAACUUUUUUUUUUGUUCUUGAAUAGUUAUUCCUUGAUCUUCUAUUCAACAUUUAUCACAAACCAUAGAUUUAAAAUUUAAAUAAAUAAAAUGACACUAAUCUAAUGUGUUUAAAAACGUCCACUGUGUGAACCAG